AGUGGUCGAGCCCUAGCCUUUGAGAGGACAUAGACAUACCCAAAAGCCCUUCUGUCUCCCUCCUCACUCCUCUGCAUCCAGUCUCUAGUGGGCUGAACUUCAAGCCAAGUCGAGGUAUGUCUUCUCGAUCCUCUGUUCAUGUCAUGUCUAUCAAAGGUCCCACGUUUUGUUUUCCCCUCUUCCGCCGUAGCUUGUGAUCUUUCUAGUUUGUUGAUCAACUUCGUGGAAAUUAUUACUUUACACGAUGGACAAGAGCAUGUUAGGAGAUCUUGACAACCUUCCAGAGGCUGAUAAGAUUCGAAUGUCUGCAAUGAUGGACCAACUCCAGAUCCGGGACAGUUUGAGAAUGUACAACUCACUGGUGGAGAGAUGCUUUAACGAUUGUGUUGAUUCCUUCAAGCACAAGAAACUACAAAAGCAAGAGGAAACUUGUGUCCAACGGUGUGCUGAGAAGUUCCUGAAGCACUCAAUGCGAGUCGGAAUGAGGUUCGCUGAGCUGAACCAGGGAGCAGCAACACAGGAUUAGAGCUUAACCAACUACAUCAAGCUCUAAAUUGAUGUUGAUUGAGCUUCUUGAAUGCAAAUGCAGAAAUUGAUUAUAAGUUUCUGCUUUAUGUUUUCCCCCUCGUAUUAGGAGGAUGUUUUGUCCUGCGGGAAUCCUGUGCUAAUAAUUUGAGGCAAGUAGAAUCUAAAUUUUACUGGGUUUUGGACCUUCUCAGUUGGCUUGAUUGCUGCAAUACUAUGGAAAAGGAGAAUACAAUUGAAAUGGACUAAUUCUUUUGGUA